CUUUCAAAAGCUAGCGCCAGUAGUUCUCAAUCUUCGGCAAUUUUUAAGAUGUGCGGCCUUCGAUUCCUAGAAUUACCCAGACAAAUCUUAGCCUAGGCCUUCCUUGGAGAUAAAGCGACUUUUCCCCUGAGGGCAUGCGCAUUCUGGCCAGCAAGAUGGCGUCCUUUGCUGGAGCUAGAAUGGCCGUCAGGGUCGCCUACGGGCUGCGCUCCCGCUCCUGCCUCGACCUCCUUUGCCGCUGUGGCGGAGCUCGAUUCCUUUGUACACCUGCACCCGCCGGGGGCGUCGAAGAAAGCCACAGAGACCCUCCCUGGGUUGGGACCUGGUACGAGACGCUGUCUUCGUCGGUACCUGUUGCGACGGUAGAAUCGGGGUUGAUAGCUCUGCAGGUCGCAUCCGGGCUGCCCUGGUGGUCCACGGUGUUGGCAGCUACCGCCAUCCUGCGCACUGGCUUAACCCUUCCACUCAGCGUCCUCCAGAAGCGCGUCGUCGCCCGCUUAGAAAAAUUGCAGCCGGAAAUUGAAUACUUAGCCAAACAGCUCCGUUAUGAAGUUUCAGUUUCUGCAAAGCAAUAUGGUUGGUCUGAAAAGGAGGCUAGGGUAUGCUACAGGAGAAAUAUAAAAAGAAUAGUUUCAGAGUUAUAUAUUCGAGAUAAUUGUCACCCUUUCAAGGCAACUCUGCUCAUAUGGGUACAGAUUCCAGUAUGGAUCUUUGUUUCCGUAGCUUUACGUAAUUUAAGUAUUGGCAGAGGAGAUUCUGAAGGACUUUUAAUUCAGGAGCAGUUUUCCACAGGAGGCAUACUCUGGUUUAAGGAUCUCACUUUACCUGACUCAACUUGGAUUUUGCCAAUCACGCUUGGACUUCUCAAUCUACUGAUAGUAGAGAUUUUUAGUUUAAGAAAAACUGAAACAUCCAAGUUUUGGAAGUAUGCUACCAACUUUUUUCGAGCAGUCUCUUUGCUAAUGAUCCCCAUUGCUUCAAAUGUUCCAUCCAUACUAGCUUUGUACUGGGUAUCUUCCAGCUUCAUAGGCCUUUCACAUAACCUUCUGCUGCGCUCUCCUGCUUUCUGUAAAUUAUGCCAUCUCCCUCGGACCAAGUCUGAUUCAGAUACUCCAUACAAAGACAUUGCUGCUGCUUUGUACAUGAAAUAUUUCUUUAAGUAAAAUACGUCUCUGUAAUUGAACCAAAUGAUUUUUUUUACUAUAUUAAAUUGUAUUAGGAAGCUAACUUUAUUAGAGUAGAGAAACUUUAUAUGUCCCCUUCAGAUAAUUUUUUGUCAGCAAGUAGGAGACAACAGCCUAAAAAAUAUUAGCUUCUAAUUCAAUGUAUGUUUUUAAUUUAUAUGGAAUUUCUGAAACCUUGCAGCUUUUUCUGAAAAAUCAUUUCUUGUCCUUCAAGGUGUUUUAAUAUUAUGUAUUAAUGUUUGUUUCUUAAUCAUUUUGGCAGCUUAAAUUAUAAACAUAUUUUUCAGUUUGCAUAUAACAUGUUCAUAAAAACAUAAACUGAUUUUCAGAUAUUUAAGAAGUGACUUAGGAAAGAGAAAAACUCGCAUCCUAUCUUCUGUGUCACAUCCUAACCCAUGUGAGUUGCUGGGCUGGUAGUUAACAGUAAAGCUCCAAGUAGCUCUCAUUCAGAGGAUUUCAUUGAAAUUGACCACAUUUCUAUCCAGACAUCCUCUAAAAAACAGUAAGUUUGUUGUACCAUAUUAGUCUAGAUGAAGUGGUUAAAUACAUAUUUUAUUUUUAUAACAUCUAUGAUUAUUUACAUUGUUGUAUUUAAAAACAUUUAUUGAAAUAUUUUAGCGGGUUAUAAAUAUACAAUUAGAAAUCUGAGAAUUGGGGAAGACAUUACAUAAGGGAUGUUAUCUAAAUUUAAAGAAGACAAAUCUUUCUUGAGCAACCUUUUUGUUUUCUAGCAAUGCCAAUAAAUGACUUGUGACAAUUGCCCAGUGUCUCUACUGGCUCUGCAGUUUUAGAAGCAGCUUUUUUAAGUAUAGUUAUAUUGCUUUAACUGUUCAUAUACCGAUCACCAAUUUAUGUAGGAGAAUCUAAUGGAACUUUCAUAAUAUUAACAAUGAGAGCAUAUUUCUAAUCAUGUGGAAUAUAUUUUUAAAUUUUAAGGAAAAGAAAUGUUCAACAACCAGUAACCAUUCUCCAAACUGCAUUAAACAGAAAAACUAAAGUCAAACUAAAGUAUAGCUUUGUAUAAAAAAAGGAAAAUAAAUUAGCCCAAUAUUUUAAAAACUCAGUUGUUGAACUAGAACUUUGAAAAUGGCAUUAGAUAUAUUUAAUUCACAAAAAGUAGUACCCCGAAUACCUGCUAUUCUGGUGGACAGGUUUUCCAUCCUUUUUUGGCAUGUGAAAUUUAUUGCAUUUUGGAUGUGUUUCUAAUUUUCCUGAUAAACCUACUUUCACACAUAUAUUGAAAUAGACAAAUGUAACUGGUACAUUAAGCACUUUGCAGUGACUUGAUCAGACUCAUCAUCAAUUCAGCGCAGUGAAUUAACAAUUAGGCAUAGUGAGGCAUAUUGUGAUGCUUCACAAUAAAAAGGUUUCCCCACUCAAACGAACCAGCUAGGAUUGUUCCAAACUAUUCAGCAUCACAGAUACAGCAUCAACCAAGCUUUCACUGCACCAUAAGUAAUCUAACUUCUGGAGAUGGAUGAAAAUACUGCUGUGGCUAAUUUGAGAAAGCUGAUUUAUACAGUGGUGUUUAAAAGUUCAUGAGUCUUUUUGAAGGGGCGUUGGUCCUACCUGACACGCUCCUUCUCGUUGAGUGGAGACAGCAGCCAGUGUGGGUAAUAUUCGCCCAAUCAGAUUGAAGGACUGAGUCGCCAAUAAUUCUUAGUCCCGCCCUUGUUGCCGGGCAGGCCAGCUUUUGGCGAAGACUUGAGAGACAGACUCGGCGUGUGGGAUAAGAAGGAAACACAGGUAAGUAGAAAGGAGCAGGAAAGAGGCGUUGGACUUACCGUGAACGCCUUUUCCCCGAAGGAUGCAGAGUGGGUCAGGAGUGGGAUGAUCCAUCUGGUCUGGCCAAUCAGCGAGUCAAAUUGCUUUGGCCACGCCUCCUCAGGCGUCCAUUGCUCCCAGUUUGUUCGACGAAUGCAGAUCUGCAAGACAGGCUCCAACAAAAUGACAAAGGAACCAAGAAACAAUUGCAGGUGGGAGGGGAUGACCCACUCUGCAUCCUUUGGAGAAACGGCAUUCACGGUAAGUCCAAUGCCUCUUUUCCCAUAAGGCUGCAGAGUGGGUCAGGAGUGGGACAUACCCAAGCUCGUCAGCCCUCGUCAGCAGGGUGGGAAUCCUGCGAUCUAGGGAGCCGUGGUGCCAGGUGUACCUGCUGAAGGACUCUCCUGCCGAACAAAGCCUCCGCAGACGCAAAGACAUCCACACGGUAAUGCUUAAUAAAGGGGACAGGAGUAGUCCAGGUAGCUGCCCGGCAGAUUUCUUCGAGGGAGGCCGGCGUGGCCCAAGCAGCGGUGGUAGCUGCACUGUGGGUGGAAUGAGCAGUGAUACGCCUCAGAGGAGGAAGAGAUCGUGAUUCGUAGGCACGGGCAAUACAAGCACGGAUCCACCGACCUAUGGUGGUCGAGGACACCUUUGAUCCCAGCGAAGCCGGUUGAAACGAGACGAACAGGGCCUCAGAAUGCCUCGUCGAGGCGGUCCGCGAGACAUAGAUUUUAAUAGCUCUGCGGACGUCAAGCAUGUGCCAUUUGCAUUUUAAUCGAUGGGUAGGCUUGGGGCAGAAAUUAGGAAGGAUAACCUCCUGCUCACGAUGGAAUCGAGAGUUAAUUUUUGGCACGAAGGCCGGAUCCAAACAAAGGAUUACUCGAUCUGGAUGCAUAAUACACAAGUCUGGCCUGAUGGAAAGGGCCGCUAACUCUGAGAUUCGGCGGGCCGAGGUUAUGGCCACCAGGAAGGCUACUUUCAAGGUAAGGAAUCUAAGGCUGGAAGUUCGGAGAGGUUCGAAAGGAGGUUCAGUAAGUGCUGUUAAUACUUGCGGUAAAUCCCAUGUGGGGUAUCGGUGAACUAUGGGAGGGCAAAGGUUUCGGACCCCACGCAAAAACCUUCGAACGGAGGAAUGCUGAGACAUCCGUCCCUGGGCAGCAGUACCGUGGUGAGAGCUGCAACAUGGCGCUUCAGGGUGUUAAGCACCAGCCCCUUGCGGAUUUCCAUCAUGGAGGAACUCCAGCACCUGCGGAACAGAAGCUGACAAGGGAUUAAUUCCGCACGCCGAGCACCAAGAAAUAAAUACCUGCCACGUGAUGUUAUAGAGUCUGAUGGUGGACUCCUUUCUGUCUGCCUGCAUAAUACAGAUGACAUUUUCAGAGUAAUGUGCCUCCUUUAGGAGGAGCCCCUCAAGAGCCAGGCGGUCAGGUUGAGCCACUGGGGCUCCGGAUGGUUGACUUCCCCCUGGCUGAGGGACACUCUCUCCGGAGGAAGCCGCCAAUGGUGAGCUGCUGACAGUGCUACGAAGUCCGAGAACCAAGGCCUCCUCGGCCAGUAAGAGGCGACAAGGAUGACAUCUGCUCCCUCUGCAAUGAUCUUGCGUAUCACCCAUGGAAUUAGUGGCAGAAGGGGGAACACAUAAAGAAGUUCCCGAGGCCAGGGGCAGCGGAGCGCUUUCGAAUUCUCCGCUCCCGGAGUUGGAUAAUGGAUGAAGUAGUGUGGAAUCUGAGCGUUCUCUGGGGCGGUGAACAGGUCUACCUGAGGAGUUCCGAAGCGAAGACAAAUGGCUUAAAAAAGAUCGGGAAAAAGAUGCCACUCUGAUGCGUCUACUGUUGUUCGGCUCAGGAAGUCUGCCUGGAGAUUGUCCUUCCCCGCAAUGUGGUCCGCCCGAAGAGAUAGAAGAUGGGUCUCCGCCCACCGCCCCACGAUUAGAGCCUCCUGCAUCAGGGUUUUGGAUUUGGUCCCGCCCUGGCGAUUUAUGUGGGCUUUUGCCGUCACGUUGUUGGUAAGGACUAGCAGAUGGCGACUUUCGAUCGAUGGUUGGAAGGCCAAUAGGGCCAGAUGAAUCGCCCGUAGUUCCAGCAAAUUGAUGCUAGACUGAGCUUCCGUGGGAGACCAUCGGCCCUGUGCGACUUGGUUGCCCAGAUGAGCGCCCCAGCCGGACACUCGCGUCUGUUGUCAUUAGAAGAGGUCGAACGUCGAAGAAAACGCACCCUUUGUCCAGGGCCGGGGAUAGCCACCAAUGCAAGGACCGGCGAACCGACAGAGGGACCCUGAGCUUGGCUCGAGAGGUGGCGGUCAUAGUUCGUUGGUGCGGGAGUAAUAGCCAUUGAAGGCUGCAGGCAUGCAGUCGAGCCCAAGGUACUAUGUCUAUGCAGGACGCCAAUUUCCCCAGUAGACAAGAGAGAUCGAGUUUGGUCACGGACGGUUGUCUGAGAAGUUGUCAUAUGAGUAUUCUGAGGCUGUCCUUCGUCUCGGAAGAUAGAAAGACCUGUCCCACCCUGGUAUCUAUGACUGCCCCUAGGUGUGUGAGACAGGUCUGGGGUUCCAACUGACUUUUGGGCAUGUUGACCAGGAACCCGUAAUCCCGAAGUACCUGCAAUGUUAGGUGCAGGUUGGAUUGGGCCUUCUGCAAGGUGGGAGCCUGGACCAAAAUAUCGUCCAGGUAGGUCUGUAUUAUCACUGGGACAGAUCGUACAUAGGCUACCAGGGCCGCUAGGAUUUUGGUGAAGCUAUGUGGGGCCGAUGCCAGUCCGAAUGGAAGGGCACGGUAUUGGAGGUGACGCCCCUCGUAGCUGAAUCUGAGAUAUUGCCGGUGGGCAGGCAAUAUGGGAAUGUGUAGAUAGGCCUCAGAGAGAUCGAUGGAGGCUAGGAAGUCUCCAGGCCGAAUGGCUUCUAGAAUGGAUUUCAGUGUACUCAUUUUGAAUUUCCGGUACACUAGAUGUUUGUUCAGCGAUUUUAGAUUCAGAAUCACUCUCCAGCCCCCAGAGUGUUUCGGUACCACAAAAAGGAUGGAGUAGAACCCCCGAUUCCGCUGAUCGAGGGGGACUUCCUCCACAGCCCUGAUUUCUAGCAGGUGUUGAAUGGCAAGCUCCAUGAGGCGACGCUUGCAGAGGGAGUUGGAGACAGGGCAUGGUACGAAAUGACUCGGAGGGCGUGAGAGGAAUUCUAGUGGGAGGCCAAAUUCUAUUGUGUGAAGAACCCAUUGAUCGGUCGUGCUGCAGACCCACUUGUCUAAGAAAAGACUCAGUCUGCCGCCAAUGGGCGCUGACUGAGGAGAGUCAUUUUUGGCGGCGGAACUGGCGUCCGCCAGUCCCGCAAAAGGACCGCUUGAGCGGACCAAAAGACUUAGGUUUGUCCCGAAAGGAACCCCUAUCCUGAGGGCAACUGGGUCCCUGGUAAUACGGCCUGUGGCUGGUACCUUCCUGAGAAAAAUUGCGAGCCUGCUGCCUACGGUAGUAGGGGGCAGCCCGGCGAUCAGCCCUCCUGGUGAUAGAAGGUAACACCUUCUUCUUGUCCCUAUCCUCGACUAGCAAAGGCUCAAGGGGCUCCCCAAAAAGACUCGACCCCGAGUAAGGGGUAGAUGCCAGGCACCAUUUGGUUUUGAGGUCCGCAGGCCAUUGUCGCAGCCACAAGAGGCGGCGCGACGUGACCGACGAUGCUAUGGCUCUAGAGGCGAACUUUGCCGCAUUGAGGGUGGCAUCGGCUGCGAAUUGAGUGGCUGCAAUAAUCUUAUUUAAGUCUUGGUGUACUCUGACAUCCUGGACAGGCAAACGUGUUUGAAGUUGUUGCAGCCAUAGUAGGGAAGAACGGGAGAAGAAGGAGGCCACAGUCGCAGCCUGUAUAGCCCAUGCGGAAGCCUGGUGUGUUUUCUUAAAUGAGGAAUCAAAUUUCCUGUCCUCUGGUUUAAGACCUUCAGACUGAUCCCCUGAAAUACAAGGAGAGGUGGAGGACAGGGCAACCACUGGACCAUCAACUACAGGUACCUGUAAAAGGUUGGUUAGGGAAGUCUCCAUAUUGUAGUUGCAGCGAUCGUAGCCACUGGGAGUGGGGAGAGAGGCUGGAUUAGCCCAUUGCUCACGCACAACAUCCGUGAAGAGCUUUGGUGCGGGGACAAAGAGUUGUUCUGCGACCGGUUCCGCGAAGAUGCCUUGGCCUACAGGGGAGGAAGCAGAAGGUGAGUCAGAAGUGGUAUCAACAAGACCCGAGGUGACUUUGGCCUUGUGUAGUAGGGACUUGAAAAGCCCCUGUGGAAAUAAUCCGGUAAAUUGUGGAACAUCUAGUGUAGUGGUUUCAUCAUCGGAUAGCUUCCCUUUGUAUGUCUUCAUCUAUGCCAAUGUCAGCACUGCCAUGAGACGUAGUUGGAGAAUGUUCUGGUGAACCAGUGAGACUAGCAGAAGGAGAAACUCUAGAUCUCCUAGAAUGUAGACUCUCAAAUUAAUAAUGCGGAACGGUGCUCCCUAAUGCCUGCUUGAAUGCCAUACGAGAUGGUUUUAGCAAUUAGGAUUUGUACAGACUCAGGAAGAUUCUCCAAAUCCGAUUUGGGAUUUUCAUCCACUGCAAGGACCUGAGGAGGUUCUUGGGGUGUAAUGGAGCAAUCAAAUGGGUCACCUUGUGGUCUAUCAGGAGAGCAGUGAGAGGCUGUGGAGUGCCUCUCUGGAGACAGAGCCCUAGUUAAAUCCACAGAGACAUUAGGGUCUUGAUCAAGGUCAGUACUAGGAGAAGGCCUGGGUUUGUUGGCCUGGACUGCCUGAUCAGAACUUCGCUGAUGGGGCUUUUUAACAGACCCUGAUUUGGACAUCGCCUUGCGGCCCAGUUCAGUUUUGGUGGCCGACUGGUCUGCAAUGACAAUGCACAGUGUAGUACAGAGUUGAAGUCCUGUACAAAUGGAAACAAUGAGAGAUAUUAAUUAAAUUGUAAAUAAAAUAAACCCAUGCCACAACAUGAGGCUUGAAGUUAGGGUAAAACUUGUUCUUUUAACUACCAAUAAAAUGGCCGCCAGCUAUGAGGAAGUCUGGCUUGUUAAAAUGGCCGCUGCAACUGACAAUGACAAGUAAUGGAUAGCUGCCUUCGAGUUCAGUAAAAUGGUCAUAAACAGUGACGCAAUUAUGGCCAAACAAAAUGGUCGCCGGAAGGUGUUGCUAGGCAGAUUUCAGUAGAUUCGGCGGGCCGUGAAGUACCCAAUUUCUGCCACUAGUUACACAAAAUGGCCGCCAACCCCUUUAUACGAAGCCAAAUACCUUUUUGCCAGUUGAAACCUCCGCAGUGCAAUAACCGCGAUGGGAGAACCUUGAUUCCCUCUUCUGUGUAACGAGAAGGAGUGUGUCAGGUAGGACCAACGCCCCUUCUCCAUUGAGAGUUGAGACAGCAGCCAGUGUCUCAACUCAGUGAACUUAGGAACAUAUCCAAGUUCACUGUCCCUAAUUCCGGGGGGGGAUCCGGCUGGUCCGCAAUACUCUCACCAGCAAUGAGCCUCUGGAGAACCCGCCGUCCAAACAUGGCCUCUGCCGACGCAAACUGGUCCAGUUUAUAGUGUCGUAUGAAGCGAACAGGCGAAGUCAACGUGGCAGCCCUGCCGAUUUCAAAUAAAGGAGCCUGGGUUGCCCACGCUGCCGUCGUAGCCGCGCUGUGAGUGGAAUGAGCAGUCAAUCGAGAAGGACGCGGAAGUGAACGAAGGUCGUAGGCCGAAGAAAUAGUCUGUCGAAUCCAGCGACCAGUGGUAGAUGACGAGACUUUGCAUCCCUGGGAGACAAGUAAGAAGGAGACAAACAGCGAUUCCAAUCGGCGGAAGGAAGCAGUCCUCUUAAGGUAGAUCCGCAACGCUCGUCUGAUAUCCAGGGAGUGCCAACAUCGCUCCCGUGGGUGAGAAGGCCGAGGGCAGAAAUCAGGCAGUAUAAGCUCCUGCGAGGGGUGAAAAACAGAAUUGACCUUCGGCACAAAGGUAGGGUCCAAGCGUAGGACCACACGGUCCGUGUGGAAUACACAAAGAUCAGAACGGGUGGACAACGCAGCAAUUUCUGAAAUGCGGCGGGCCGAGGUUAUGGUCACCAGGAAGGCGACCUUGCAGGAAAGUAGCCUGAGACUAGUAGUCCGCAACGGCUCGUAUGGAGGACCCAUAAGCGACUCCAAUACCAGUGGGAGAUCCCAAGUAGGGUAUCUAUGCGGCCCGGGAGGGCACAAGUUCAUUGCACCACUGAGAAAGUGGCAGAUCAGAGGAUGCUGGGCCAAGGACGACAAGGAACCGCAGGCAAGCACAGAAGAUAACGCGGCCACUUGCCGGCGUAAGGAAUUAGGAGAGAGACCCUGGGACCCUCCUGCAAAAACACCAGAAUGUUCACAAUAGAUGGGUGAAGAGAGCGCAUGCCGUUUUGGGAACACCAGGAGCAGAAGGUCCGCCAGGUGGCAGAAUAAAUGCGGUCAGUAGAAAAACGACGUGAGGCCUGCAAUGUCCGAAUAACAUCCGCUGAAAUGUCCGCUGCCCUCAACGUGCUCCGCUCAACCGCCAAGCGGUCAGAUUGAGCCAGGACAGGUCCGGGUGAGUCAGAGCGCCCUGGGAGAGGGUGUCAUCCCCAAGAGGGAUGCGCCAAGAUGGGGCCACCGAGAGGGAGACAAGGUCCGCAAACCAGGGCCUCCGGGGCCAAUGAGGGGCCACAAGGACCACUUCCGCCCGCUCAAACAAGAUCUUGUGGAUGACAUUGGGAAGGAGGGACAUAGGGGGAAAAGCAUACAGGAGACCUGCUGGCCACGGGGUCCGUAGAUGUCGACGCCAGCCACAUGAGGAUCUGGAUACCAGGCGAAGAACUGUGUAAGUUGCACAUUCGUGUGCAUCGCAAAAAGAUCAACAAUCGGAGUGCUGAACUGAAGGGACAGUUCCUGGAAAAUUCACGGGCUCCGGAAACAAGGUGACGAAAUGCCCUCAGCGCGAAGAAGAUAACCUGCAGCUCCAACCAAUUGAUUGGAUGACGAGACUCCGCGGAGGUCCAUGUCCCUUGAGCCAGAUGGCCUUGGCAAUGCGCCCCCCAGCUGAGAUGGCUGGCCGUCCGUCGUCACCACCACCCUCUGGGGCUCAAUACAGAAGCAACCCGCUGCGAGAGCAGGGGAACGCCACCACCGGAGGGACCUGCGUACCGCAGGAGGAACUGGAAUUGGCCUGGACGAAGUGCCUCUGCCCGCCUUCUGCAACGGUAAAAGAAACCAUUGAAGUUCCCGGGCGUGCAGCUGUGCCCAGGGAACUAUAGAUAUUGCAGAAAUCAUCUUCCCCAAAAGUUGCGAUAAAACAUAGGGGGAGACGGCACGACACCCCUCAAUCUUGGAGACUAACUGUCGCAGGCUGUCCUGUCUAUCGGGAGAGAGAAAAACCUUGCCCUGAACAGUCAAUCAGGGCCCCUAAAUGAACCAAACUAGUGGAAGGAGAGAGAUGGCUCUUUUCCAAAUUAAUUGAAAAAUCAUGAGCCACCAGAGUUUCAACAGCAAGGCGAACAUCUAGAGUGGCUUGCUGGGCAGAGGGAGACAACACUAGAAUAUCAUCAAGGUAACACAAAAGUCUAACUGAACGGAGUCUAAGAAAGGCCGCCAAGGCAGCCAACACCUUCGUAAAGGUACGGGGAGCGGAGGACAGACCAAAGGGCAGAGCCCUGUAUUGGUAAUGCACCUCCCCCCCGUAACAAAAUCUCAAAAACUGUCUAUGGGAGGAUAGGGAUGUGCAAAUAGGCCUCUGUAAGGUCAAUGGAAGAGAGGAGAUUGCCCCUCCGGACACCGUCUAGGAUAGUUUUCAAAGAUUGCAUCUUAAAUUUACGGUACACAACAUAUCUGUUCAAUCGUUUUAGAUCCAGAAUGGGUCGCCCCCCCCCCAAGACUUGGGAACAAGAAAUACCCGGGAAUAGAAACCCUUACGCUCCUGACCAGAGGGCACCAGUUGAAUAGCCUUGAUGGCCAGGAGGUGCUGAACCGCUGAGUCCAUAAGGGACCUCCGUUCGAUGUUACGAGAAAGCAGGCAGCAGACAAAGGUGUUCGGAGGGGUGGAAAGAAAUUCAAUGGCCAGCCCUGAUCGUAAGGUGGCCUGGACCCACUUGUCCGAUGUGGACCGCUCCCAAAUGGCGGCAAAGAGGGCCAAUCUGCCGCCUAUAGGAGGAUCGGUGAUGCAAUCAGCACCGGCGUCGGAUGGAACGACCUCCUCCCCCCACCCGAAAGGGCCAUUUAAAUCUGAAGGAUCUGCCCCGAAAGGACCUAUCUUGAGAGCCUCAUUGCCUGCCAAAAUUAUUGUACGGCUGAGGCGAGAGAGAGGAGGAGGAGGACUCCCCCACAUCAGCACCUCGAAAUUGGGGCCACGAGGGAUACGGAGAGAAACUGGAGUCCCCUCUCCGAUACGCUGCCGCCAGCACCUUCUUCUUGUCCCUAGUUUCAGUCAGAAAGGGCUCUAAAGCGUCCCCAAACAGGUGUGACCCCCCCAAAGGGAAUGGAAGCUAGGCACCACUUGUCUGGCAUCCGCCUGCCAAGGGCGGAGCCAGACUAAACGACGAGCAGUGACCGAAGAGGCCAAUGAUUUGGCGGUAAAACUAGCGGUGUUAAGGGUUGCGUCCGCCAAAAACUGGACCGCCACCAUGAACUUAUUAAGGUCCUGCUUGACCCGAAUAUCCUCAGGCGACAACUUUUCUUGCAAUUGACGUAGCCAUAGCAAUGUGGUGCGGUUGAAGAAGGACACUGUAGAAGCGGCCCUGAUUGCCCACGCUGCGCCUUGAUGCGCCCUCUGGAGGACUAAGUCGGAACGUCAUUCAUCGGGUCGCAAGCCUUCAUCGGGGUCCCCCGGAAUGUGGGCAUUAGGCAAGAGUGCAGCUACUGGGGCAUCCACCGAUGGGAGUUGCAGGAGAGAGUCUAGUUCUGAAGUGACGUGAAAAGAAGGUGCAGGUUGAGCCACCGGGGAGAAGAGCUGAGCCGUGUUCACAGCCUUGAAGAGCAGCGACUUGAAUAAAGCCUGAGGGAAGAGACCGGAAAACACCGGUUGAUCCGGCGGGAGGUUUUCAUCAUCCGACAAACCAGAGUUACUAUAGUCGGCUUCAGACAAGGUAGAGAUAUGACUAGCAUAUGAGCGCGAGGGAGAUGCAGGAGCCUCAGCUGGCGCAUGAUCUGAAGAGCGUGGUCGGUCAGGUGAAACCGACUGUACGGAACCAGAAAUGCUGGGAGGACGAAGGCCAGCCGCCAGUGACUUUUGUACCGCAACCUCAAUGAGUUUUUGCAGCUGGUCAGGAAGAAGCCAGGGCCUCCGAAGAAGGAGCAGGAACCUGAGGUGGUGGAGAAACAUGGUGCACCCUUUCAGGAAGUGGAGCGGCUGAUGGUGCAGAAGAAUCAACGCCCCACCAGUUCGUAGUGGAAAUGGUAACAGGACAAUCCCGAAGAGAAAGUUGGUCCGGAGUAGCCAGACGAGGCUCCCACACAGGAUCUGAGGCCUCGGGAUUCACAGGUGAUGUAGCUACUGCAGACAGAUUAGCGCUCGCCUUAUCACAAAGAUGCGUGAGAACCUUGUCCCUGCGUUUCUGCACCCUGGAGGUGGUAGUGCUAUGCUUGUGGCCCUUGUGAAGAGAGCGCGAAAGCUGAGUAGGGGGUGGCGGCUUGUCAGAGGCCUGGGUGGAAGUUUGGUGGGUAACAGAUGAAUUAUCUGAUUGUCCAUGAAUAGAAGAGCCAGCCUUCCGACCGUGCUUUGACUUAGACAGGACCUUCGGCAUAUUGGCCGAUUGCAGGCAAGGUCACAAACCACCGGCCAACUAAUAAGACGGGGAGCAUGGAAACUCCACCAAUAACCUGUCGUGUACUUGAGAUAGUGCAGGAGAGGCAAAGGGAGUGCAAAAACUCCACAAAAUGGCCACCGCGCCUCCAACAAAAUCCAAAAUGGCGGAUAGCACUGACAGGUGCAAAUAACCUCCCCAAAGAUCCGAGUUGCCCUAAUGCCACCAAAUGGGAGCGCGAAGCUCCACGGAGUAGUUCGAUAGUCAGGAAGCACCGCAGAAUGCAGCACUGACAAAGGCGGCGGGAGCGCGAAAACUCCACAGACUGAGGCUCAGCUGAUAGUCGGGUGAGCUGUCAAACUGCCGAUCUGAGCACUGGGGACAGCCAGGAAGCCGCUAGCUCAGGAACGCUGGGCAGAAAGCAGUCAAUAAAGGGAGAAAGCGGCCAGAGGCUCCAAGUUCGAGCAGAUCAAGUCCGAAGAGCAAGUCCAACAGGAAAACCAGCCAGGAGCCGAACGAAGGGAGGAGGAGGGAAGGACCUCCAAACGAAGCAGGAAGCAACAAAAUGGCCACCGCUGCUCAAAUGGCGCAAAAAAACAGCGAAAAAGGCAGCCGGAGAUCCAAAGCCGCCAGUAGGCAGAGAAGGGAGCCAAACGAUCCCUCACACGCCUCCAAGGAAUAACCCCCAAGGGAAUCACCCUGAAUGGAGGAAAAACUCUUCCUUCAAGCAGCAGUCAGUGACAGUCCCGGCUACAAGCUAAAUUUAACUCACAGUACAGUCCAAAGGCAACCAGAAUCCAAGGGAAAAGGCAGGAAAACGUAGUCAAACAAGCCAGAUAGUAAAUACCAGAAAUCCAAGUCAGAGAACUCAAUUGUAGAAAAAUAGAGAGAGAGCUAGAGACCCACACCCCAGUCCAGACUGAAGGACUGAGUCAAAAGCUGGCUUGCCCGGCAACAAGGGUGGGACUAAGAAUUAUUGGCAGUCUCAGUCCUUCAAUCUGAUUGGGCGAGUACUACCCACACUGGCUGCUGUCUCCACUCUCAAUGGAGAAUAGGUAAUCUAACUUCUGGAGAUGGAUGAAAAUACUGCUGUGGCUAAUUUGAGAAAGCUGAUUUAUACGGUGGUGUUUAAAAGUUCAUGAAUCUUUUUGAAUGUUCAAUAUUUCUACAUAAAUAUGACCUGAAACACUCUACACACAAGUGCUGAAACUAAAUAUUUUUGUUCACUACUUUUUUAUUGCAGCUUUUGGUUUGAUUACUAUUUUAUGUAUAUAACUUAUCAUAGUAUAAAAUGUCAAAAUGUCAUUUGCAUUCAGUGGCAGUGUCUUCUAAUUUUAAUAUAGAAAGCUAAAAGCUUACAAUUGUUUUUGUUAAACAUAUCUUAUUAAUCAGGUUAUAAAACUUUACAUAGUAAAAGUUUUGCUGUCUACAGUAGUAGUCUCCUGGCUAUUAUCCAUUGCAAUGGAUAUUAACUUCUGUCUUUGCUUAUAGUCUCCAUCUAUUUGGAAUCAUUUAUUUUAUUUAUGUAUGUAUUUAUAUCCCACCUUAUAUUGUUUUUAUAAAUAACAAUGAUAUUUAUUAAAAUUGUUUGCUACCCAUUUCACCAUGAAGUGAACAUACUACUUCCUAUUUUUCUCACAACCCUAUGAGAUGGGUUUGGCUAUGAGUAACUUUCCCAAUGUCACUCAGCCAGCUUUCAUGCUUAAGGAGAAACUAAUUUCUCCCAGUUUCUAAUUUGGUGUCUUAACCAUAAGACUAACUGGCUCUCAAAGAGUAAUAUAUACCCAUAUUUUUUGAACUAUAAGACACACUUUCCCCCCCAAAAAAGAUGGUGAAAACCUGGGUGCGUCUUAUAGUCUGAAUGUAGCCCUGCCCACCUGCCGACCCCCACCCUUUGGCCUCUGCCUCCCAGCAAUUUAUCUCCUUGCAGCAAGCAGCAAACAGUCCAUUUCAGCUUCAGCACAGCCUAAUUAGCACAAGCAGUUGAUUUUCCAUUGGAUUGGCCUCCUGACCCUCAGCUGUUUCAGGCUGCAGGGAUUGCCAUAGCCUAUUGCUGGAGGGCCUCCUGCAAGCAGGCAAAUUGCUGUGACACAGAUUUUUUUUUUCUUGUGCUAAUCAGGCUGAAAAUGAAACUAAAGCAGGCUGCUUGCUGCAAGGCAAAUUGCUGGGAGGCAGAGGCAGAGUUAUUGUGAGUGUUUUAUGAGUCUUAUUUUCUUCUUUGUGUCCUUUUGUUAUAAAAUUUCUGUCUAGAAUCAACAAUUAGCUGGAAUUUAAAAAGCAUUUCACUAACUUAAUUAAAAUGUUACCUGAAGGAAAAUAAGAGGAAAAAAGCUUUACAUCUAACAAAUUGCAUGCUGAAUAACUUACUGAUUCUGAUUACAAUACCAAACUAUUAAAAAAACACCCUUAAAACAGUUCCAAACUGGUAAAAUUUCAUAUUAUUUCCCAUAUCCAUGCACUAGCGUAUAUCUUGUUUUCCUCCCCCAAAAAGGCAGGUGCAUCUUAUAGUCCGGAGCGUGUUAUACUCUGAAAAAUAUGGUACUUGUUUCCAACCACUCCAGCAGACAAUCUUUUCCCAAGACCUCACAAACUCUCUGCGUGACAAUCCUCACUGAGGCCUGAAAGAUAUCUUUGGCAAAUAAUAUUUGCCACUAUUCACUACUGAAUUAAUAGUCGCUACUAUCGCAAACAACUGAGUAAAACACUGUCCACUAAAAUCAACAGAAACUUGAAUUAGCUCUCCUUGUAUAUCACAACUGCAGCCAGUGAAUUUCAUUAUGGAUUGGUCUCUUUUUUGAUUUUUGCAAGAAUGAGGGCAACAGUCUUCUAAUGUUAUUUUAAAACUUAAAUGUUAACUCUUAAUAAAAUCAAUAUUGCAUUGCUUUGGUGA